UUUUAUAUAUAAACAUAUAGAAGACAAUAAUCAGAGUGACUGAAACCAUCUGAGGCCAUACAAAUUUGAUUACGAUGCCAACAUUAUCAAACGCAUCCGCCAAAACAAGCUUGGGUUUGAGAAUACUCGCUCUCUUGCUCUUGUUUUCUUCCGUUAUUGUCAUGGCCACCUGUUCUAUCCCGGAUUUUAUUGAUGGUUUGAAUAAUCGUUUCACUAUUCUCUUCACUUACAGGUACGUGUUUGCAAUUGGUAUUGUGGGGUGCUUUUAUUCAUUGGUUCAAGUGAUUUUUGGUAUCUACCAUGUCUACACCGACAAAAGGUCGAUCCAGAACGGCUUUCUUCCCAUUUUCGAUCUUUACGGCGACAUGCUGAUAAGCUUCUUAUUGGCAACUGCGAUGGGCGCUGGAUUUGCAGUGACUUAUGAGAUCAACAAAUAUUCCGAUAUAGUGCUGGAAUUGGGGGCAUCGACCAAGUUUCUGAAUCAGCUUUUUGUCUCUGUGGGUCUUUUAUUUACCGGAUCUAUUUGCUUGGCCGUUCUGGCUGUACUUUCUUCUAUCUUUAGAGAUUCGGAUACUUCAGGUAAAGGAAGCGUCAUGUUCGGUUAAAAUUAGGAACAUCACUCGCAGGGUAGCUAGCUAGUUCUAUGUGCAUUCGAAUUUUAAAAUAAGAUAUUGUUUAUUAUAUAUGUUCCUUGUUGGUUCAAUA